UCGGGAAAGACAUCGCAUUGUAAGACUUUGCUGGCUAGUUAUUGCUGGUUAGUUAUUGACUUUAACUCGGAGAUGGUGGCCCAGAAACCCGGUCUCUUAUCUCAGAGUCGGUUGCACAUGUCUGCCGAGGAAUGGAUGAGAGCGGGCAGGUUUGCGAACUUUCGAGAUGCUGUGGAUCCAGCCUUCAAAAAGCGGGCCUCUUCCUCAGUGCAGCGGGUGGUCCCCAAUGGGACGCAGGCCAUCAAACGCGAACACGCCAAGCUUCCAUGAUACGCGCAGCAACUCAGAUUUUGGAACCGACGGGAACAUUGGACAGCCUUGGUGGAAGAGGAUCAUAUGGCGCAAUGAGGACCGAGCGGCUGAGAAAGAAAGGAACAACCGACGGAAACUACACUCACGCGCCCGCCUCUUCCAUGCCUGUAACUACUACCUAUCUAACAAUGUAUAAAUAUGUCGGGAGCCAUGUCCUUAUCUGCACUGUCGUUCCUUUUGGAGGUCCGGGCUGGGUGGGGGUUUUGCGAACCGGAUUUCACCAUCUCAGGGGCGCCUCAGAUGCUGCUCUGGAACAAGCACGCAUCGGGCGAGUCGGUUCAAUAAAGUCGAGUGGAGGCGUAAUCGAGCGUUUUGGAGAUCCUGACGUAAGCCCUGGAAUCAAGAACCCAGUUUGAGAGUCCCGGUGGACAAUGCGUUGGUGCAUUUCUUCUGAUUGCGACACGGCCACGGCGGGUUUCAAUUCGCAGCCAAAAGGGGGCACCGAUUCAUUCCG